AUGGAAAUGGCUGCGGGAGCGCAAAAUGUUCAAGGCUCGUCCGAGUUCUUCCAGUCAAUCGGAAACAAGGUCGAGGGCCUUGCGCCCAAGGCGAAUGGCGACCAUGAGGACCUCCAGCCCGUCGAGGAAAUCGAGUCGCUUUGCAUGAACUGCCACGAAAAUGGCGUCACAAGAAUCCUUCUUACUUCGAUCCCUUACUUCCGCGAAGUCGUCAUCAUGUCCUUUAGCUGCGAGCAAUGCGGCUUUCACAAUAACGAGAUUCAACCGGCCGGAACGAUUCAGCCCAAAGGCACGCACUACGAAUUACGACUCACAGACCUUGCCGACUUUGGCCGUCAGGUCAUCAAGUCAGACUCCGCCGUUGUCAAAUUCAUCGAGCUUGACCUCGAGAUUCCGGCCGGACGCGGCCAACUCACCAACAUCGAGGGCCUCCUCUCCACUGUUCUGGAUGAUCUCGAAAUCGGACAGGAGGCACGCAAGGAGCAGGCUCCUGAGGUACACACCAAGAUCGCCGAAAUCAUCACCAAAGGCCGCGCUAUGCUCGCCGGCGAGUCAUUUCCCUUCCGCGUCUACGUUGAUGACCCGGCUGGCAACUCUUUCAUUGCGCCCGACCUCAAAGAUGGUGUCGGAAAGUGGGAGAAGCGCGAGUGUCCUCGUACAUCUGAACAGAAUGCUGCCCUGGGCCUCGCUGACAGCGAUGUCAAUGCCGCUAUUGCCGCCAAAGAGGCAGGCUCUGGCAGCGGGGGCUACCCUGGCUUGACUUCUGAUGGCGAGAUUAUUCCUGACGAGGUUUACGACUUCCCCGCUACUUGUCCCGGUUGCAUGCACGCCUGCGUCACCCACAUGAAGAUGGUUGAUAUCCCCCACUUUAAGCAGGUUGUCCUCAUGUCUACCGUGUGUGGUGACUGCGGCUAUCGCUCAAAUGAUGUCAAGACGGGCGGUGAAAUCCCCGAGGAAGGCGAGGUCAUUACUUUAACCGUCGAAGACAACUUUGAUCUUGCGCGCGACAUUCUCAAGAGUGAGACUUGUGGUCUCGAGUGCCCAGAGCUGCAACUGCAGGUCAACCCCGGCACUCUCGGUGGCCGCUUUACUACCGUCGAAGGCCUGUUGACACAGGUUCGCAACGAUCUUCACGGUCAAAUCUUUGAUGCCAACGGUCAAAGUGGACAGGGCGGCGACUCUAUAGUAUCUUCUGAUCGCACCCAAUGGGAUACCUUUUUCGAGGGUCUUGAUGCCGCCAUCCGCGGCGACAAGAAGUUUAGCGUCAUCCUUACCGAUCCCUUCGCCAGUAGCUUUGUCCAGCCCUUGGUCGACCCCCCGGCACCUGAUCCAAAGAUUACGCGCACCAAGUACAAACGUACGAUGGAGGAAGAAGAGGAGCUGGGUCUAGGCGAUAUGAAGGUUGAAGGGUACGAUGAGGCUGAGCAAGAUGGCACCAAUGUCGAGGCCAAGGAAUAA